GGGACAGCUUUCUUUAUACCGUGAGAACUGAGAGGGGCUUCUGAACGACGUAGCGACGUGCGCUAAUUUUUCGGAGGAUUUGAGGCCGUGAAGGAGCUCCUGUAAGCGAAUACAGGAGCGCUGAUGGCGGCGUGUGGAGCGCUGCCGCCGCUGCCGGCGGUGCUGGUCGCCGGCUGGCCGCCGUACCCGGCGCCGACCGUCCGGCGGCUGGCGGCCAGCGCCGGACUCCAGUUCUGCUGGCAGCGCCAACAGGACGGCGGCUGGGUGACGGUCGGCAGCGGCCUCCACUACGUGCCGUCCGAGGCGGACGUGGGCCGCCGGCUGCGGCUGGUGGGCCGCCGGGACGGGCCCGCCGGGACCGGGCCGGCCGAGCUCUGCUGGCUGUCGGAGCCGGUGCUCGCCGGGACCGGCACCUGUCCGUUUGAGCGCGGCCUGCGGCUCACCACUGAGCCAGUCGGAGCCGACGGGUUCCGUCUGGUCAGCUACAACCUGUUGGCCGACUAUUACGUGCAGCUGCAGCGCGGCCAGCGCGUGGACUACUGGCCGGCGCAGCCGUGCCAGCACAUCGACUACCGCCGCCAGGCGCUGCUGCUCCAGCUGCUCGGCUACCACGCCGACGUGCUCUGUCUGCAGGAGGUGGACCAAGACGUGUGGGCCAGCUGCUGGCGGCCCAUGCUGGAGGCGGCCGGCUUCGGGGGCACGUUCGCCGUCAAACGCGGUCCGCUCGACGGCCUGGCCACCUGCUGGUCGGACAAGUUCCGGCUGGUCUCCACAGAGCGACACGUGAUCGCUGACCUGGCCGGGCUGUUUGCCGACGUGCAGCAGGCUCUGGACAGCAACGAGUCUCUCCGACAGAGUCUGACCGAGCAACCGCAGGUUCUCCAGCUGACGCUGCUGGAGGAGAGCGGGCCGGAGCAGGCGGGCCGGCCGGCGCGCCGCCUCCUGGUCGCCAACGUGCACCUGGUGUGGAGCCGCACCAGGGAGCACCUGCGCGCCCUGCAGGUCGGCCUCUGCCUGCGCCUGAUCCAGCGCCGCCUGGAGGCGCGCCACGACCAGGCUGGAGCGGGCGCGGCGGCGCUGGUCUUUUGCGGCGACUUCAACAGCGGGCCGGGCAGGUCCGUGUGCGCCCUGAUGGACGCCGGCGUCAUUGGCGUGCAGCAGUUCGUCGACUGCGACGAGCACCGGGCGCCGGAGGUCACCUUCAGCCACCCGUACCAGCUGGCGAGCGCGUACGGCGCGCCCGAGGUCACCAGUCGCGGGUCAGACUUCACUGGCACCCUAGACCACAUCUUCUACAUGGCCGACCGACUGACACUGCGGCAGGCGACGAGCACCGGGCGCCGGAGGUCACCUUCAGCCACCCGUACCAGCUGGCGAGCGCGUAUGGCGCGCCAGAGGUCACCAGUCGCACGUCCAGCUUCACCGGCACCCUGGACCACAUCUUCUACAUGGCCGACCGACUGACACUGCGGCAGGUGGUGCCGCUGCCCUCCGCGGCCGAGGUGAGCGCCGGGCCGCCGCUGCCCACACCAGUCUUCCCCUCUGACCACCUGGCGCUGACGGCCGACUUCGGCUGGAGACACUGAGUCCCUGGCUGACGGCCGCCUCAGACACUGACGUCUGUCUCGGCUGGAGACACUGAGUCCCUGGCUGACGGCCGCCCGUCUCAGACACUGACGUCUGUCUCGGCUGGAGACACUGCCUCGGCUGCGGUGCGCCAGAGGUGCGUCGUGUCGAAGGACCCUGGAGCCAUGGCGUCUGGGAGCCGGUGCCGUGCCGCGGCCCGCGGGUAGGAGCGAGGCAGAGCUGUGUCUGCGGGCACCGGCAGAGGCAACGGGGCAGCACGGACGCGGCUCCACUGGCCCCACCAAGUGGAAACUAGAUAUACACUUGUACGGGGUACUUUAGCUACGUGGCUCCACUGGGACCAAGUGGACACUAGAUAUAGGUACACUUGUGCGGGGUACUUUAGCUACACGGCUCCACUGCACCAAGUGGAAACUAGAUAUACACUUGUACGGGGUACUAUAGCUACGCGGCUCCACUGCACCAAGUGGAAAUUAGAUAUACAUAUGUACGGGGUACUAUAGCUACGCUGCUCCACUGAUAUGGGACCAAGUGGAAACUACAUGUACACUUGUAUGGGGUACUAUAGCUACGCUGCUCCACUGGCACCAAGUGGAAAUUAGAUAUACACAUGUACGGGGUACUAUAGCUACGCGGCUCCACUGAUAUGGGACCAAGUGGAAACUACAUGUACACUUGUACGGGGUACUUUAGCUACGCUGCUCCACUGGCACCAAGUGGAAACUACAUUAACAUGUACACUUGUACGGGGUACUUUAGCUGAACGGGAACUGCAAACCAGGGCUGCGGAGUUGGUGGAUGUUUUAGUGGCUCCGGCUUCGUAUUCAAAAUCGGCUCCAACUGCAACUCCGACUCAGUAAAUUUCUCUGAAACGCCAUAUCAUGACAGACUGACAGUAAUGUUUAUGUCGCAUAUCUUUUUGUCCUGUCUGAAACGAUCUUUUCUGCGUUCCAAGGCCUUCCAUGGAAAAUAUAGGUAGUUCACAAAUAGCGUGCAUAACUUUAAAGGCUCUUUGUUUCUCUCAGAAAACGCUCAUCCAACUACUGUGCCCACAGUGCCUAUGUGGAUGCUCCUGUUUGAAACAGGAGCAUGGCCUUAGCUUCGGCAAAAUGUGAUUCGGAAAGGUUAACGAGCAUAGUAUUGCCAAGAAAACUGGUGUACAGGGUAUGACUCUGAGCCACGCAGCCUUAACUCCAACAACGGCUUAGCUCCGCAGGCCUGAGUAAUAAGCUGACCACGGUGGUAUCUGAAUGGCGUUGAGACGCCACAGCCGGCCUGCGUAGGUACCACAGCCAUGUUGUGCCUGCAGAUAUCCCGAGCUGCUGCUGUGUACGGAGUGUGCUGGCCAGUGGCCAUGCGAACUGCGAUAUGUUGCGGCCGGCCGCUACCGGCAGCGUCCAGCGGCCCGCUGUAUCACUAUCGUCAGUAGACCACAGCCACUGUUGGCGAUAGGGAGACCGCUGGCUGCACGCCGUGGGCACACCCCUCUCCCCCCCCCGUCACCCAGCAGCCGGAACCGCCGGAACUACCUAUAUGAACGGUCCCCAGGCUGAUACCGGGCUCAGCUUUUCCUGCAGGUGUGUGCGUGUGUGCCGCGGCGGCAUCAACGGACCCAAUAUCCAGCCGACCUGCCGACUGAAUGCUGACACAUUUUUACAUUUAUUCUGUGAUACUCGAGUAUCGCAUCUCCAGUUUUUUUUACCUCUCUUCUUUGAACGCUUUCCGUUUUCACCGGUUCUAGUUUCUCGUAAUAGGAAAUGCGAUGAUAGUAUUUGCCAUGCCCACCCACAUAGGCACUGAAACAGACCGCGCGCUUCGCUUCAGCAUAAGGACUUCGAUGUUAUGCUCGACUUUUUAGUUUAUGGACAUGUAAUUUGACCUCUAAAAUUUUACUUUGAUGAUUAGCUUUUGUAUACGAAUGGAUAGUGGUCUGAAAUGUGCGAAACAAAGGGCGAUACUUGUAUUCCAACACUACGAAAAUAUAUGCAAUGCCUACAUAA